AUGAGUUUCCUCGGCCACCACAAUCUCCAACCUUUCGCCGAGCCUAUUGCCAUAUUCGAACAAUUCAUCUCGAAUGAGCCGCAGACCAUAGUCCUGAGAGAAAAGGUGCUCUCGGUCUCUGGGGAUAGCUUCGAAAUCAAAUUAGCCAAUGGCGAGCCACUUCUGAAAGUGCACGGAGCCUGGGUAUCGAUCUCUGGUCGCAAGAAGGUUGAGGACGCUCAUGGCAAACACUUGUUUGAUAUCGUCAAGGAGCUUCUGCAUAUCCAUGCGACCUAUGCAAUUGAGGAUACCCAUGGCGAGAAGAUUUGUGAGGUCAAGAAUAAUAUCAGAUUGUUCGGCUCCAAAGCCACUGCGAGUUUCACUGAUCAUAAUGGCAAGGCGGUGACUCUCACUAUGAAAGGAGGCUGGUUCGAUCAUACUGCCGACAUUGUCGACCAUAAAAGCGGCCAAACAGUUGCUCGCAUUGAUCGGAAAUUGCUUAGCGGCCGCGACCUUGUGUUUGGCCAGCAGACCUACGCUGUUGUUGUGGCACCUGGUGUGGACGCAGCACUUAUCGCCGCCUUAUGUAUUUGUUUUGAUGAGAAGAACAAUGAGCGACGCGGCAAAUAG